AUGCUGAUGGCGUUAAACCGACAUAUGUUGCAUAAUAGUCUUUUGAAGUUUCAACAACAUUUAGCAACCUCGAGUAAUACAUUAAAAGUGGUUGCUUCAAAUGUAGUGGCUAAUAACAAUGGACUGACCCAAACCAAUAGUAGAUCUAGUUCAUUUCGACAACAAUCCUCUUCUUCGGAUAGUGAAGGAGAAGACACUUUAAAAAACAACCCGUAUUACACAGCAUACGCCGAAAAAUUGGGAGAUCUCAAAAAAAAAAAUGCUAGUGCCUACCGUGAAGCAUUACGUCGUUUACGUGAAAAACAACAAGAGACUAUUGAUACUGUUGAUGCAGCAGUAGUAAAUACUACAGACACAGUGUCUGACAAAAUUAAGAGCACUGAAACCAAACCACAAGCAAAACCAAAACGAAGACCAUCCCAGACACUAUUAGUCAAACCAAAAACUCUAGAACAAGUUAUGAACAUAGAAUUGUUACGUGACAAAUCAUGGCGAGAUGUAUCUGAGAUAUGGCUGGCGUACCAUAGGACACGUGAUGAAACUCUUAGUGCUGUUAUUCCUCUAAAUCAGUUCGAAAAAUUUUAUAAUCAAUCUAUUAAAUAUCCCAUGUUUUUACUACCUCUUCCACGCAACACUAGUGGUUACGAGUUCAUAUUUGCCCAGUUCCAGCACUAUCAAGAAAAUUCAAUGUCCAAUUGCACAGUCCACUUAACACCAUUGAUCAGUUAUCAGACGUUUAAUGAAAACGCACCAGAAUGUAUGACUAUUGAAUAUUAUACAGACCUUUGCAACAACGAUAAAGCGAUUGAGCACAGUGGGUCUGAUGAUGAAUGUGUUUUGAUGAGAUCUACGUACGAUGGGAAAUUAUUAUCUGCUGCUGAAGCAGCUUGCCUAGUAAACCAGUUGCGCAUAUUUUAUGCAGUAGAUUCUGGAGUUGCAGAGAAAGAAAAACUUUUAAAAUCGUUCAACGAAGGAGAUGUAACAUUCAAACACUCAGAUGUAAUUGCUCUAGUAGAAACGUUGAGCAUUUAA